AUGGCAACCGUGUCCCAUGCUUUCGACCAGAUCACACAGGAUCACACCAUUAGCGCUAGAAUUCCCGACGGCCCUCAAACGCAGCACCAGCCCCAUGCAGCAGGCAGGGAAGUGGUUGACAAGAGUUUCCGCAUUAAACUCGUCCAAACAACGAUCCUACCAUGGCAACAGCGCGGGAUCUGUGUCCUGUUUGUUGUCCUUUGCACGACUUUAGCCGAAGAUGUUAAAUUAAAGUAUAAAGCCUCCACCAAACCUGUCCGAUUGUUCACUGAGGAGGAGCUGAGGAGAUACGACGGCAGCGAGGAAGGACAACCUAUUUACAUGGCAAUAAAAGGAGUGGUGUUUGAUGUCACCAAGGGAAAAGAGUUUUAUGGAAAAGAUGCACCGUACAACGCCCUGGUUGGGAAGGACUCCACUCGGGCUGUGGCUAAGAUGUCCCUGGACCCAGAAGACCUGACAUCAGAUACCACGGGCCUCACUGAAGAGCAGCUGACUUCUCUGGACAGCGUAUUCGAAGGCACGUACAAAACAAAGUAUCCCAUUGUUGGUUACACGGCAUCACGCAUCCUCACUGAGGAUGGAAGUCCCAACAAAGACUUCAAACCAGAGGACCAGCCUCAUUUCCAAAUCAAAGAUGAGUUUUAAUCUCAGACUCAGAACCUAAUAUGUGAUCGGUGCGAUACGCACACAAACGGAGAACAAAAUACAUUUGAUAGAAAUACUUCUACUACUUAGUUUUUACUUGAAUUGCGGGUUUACAUGAUGAUUUAUUAUCUGUGAGAGCUUUAACGUGCACAGUCCUGAAGAAACCAUUUCAAUACUUACUGUAGCUUUUUUUAAAUACAAUAUUAGCCUGAUAUCAGACAGAACUGACAACUCGUUACACUCAACUCGGUGGAGAGGGCGGAUUCAAAGGUCUGAACCCAGGCAAACAAACUAUGUCAAGAUAAGGCGGUUUUGAUAAACAUCAGGGAUUACAGAGUAAAAUAAUCCCAUUUAGACAUAUAAAAAUACACAAAAAAGUUCAAUCCUUCUUAAAAUGACAUCUACACCUUCUCCCACAUCUGUAAAUAUACAAAUAUUUUAUAUUUCAGAUGUUCUGGACACAAAACUUCCGUUCUCGGUGUAUGUGCACUGCAGGUUUAAAGUUUCUGACAUUAAACUCAAAUUUAAGAUGAGCACAGAGAAACUUUAUUGGACUCCUCAGUGGAUGAAUGUGAAAACAUCCUUUUAGUGUUCAACACAGUGAAGAUCAAACAUCAAUAAAUGAAGUAACAUUAUCUAGAAUACAUUUUGAGCAAUAAUACGUUCACUGAAAGAUGUAUACAAGUUAAAAUAAAGACCAUCUACCUCUUUAGACCAGUGAGAGUGAGCAGACAGACCAGAACUAAACAUUAGCUCUCACAUUCCCCUGAAUUAGAUUUUAGUAGAGCUGCCACUGAAGAUCAUUUUCAUUAUUAAUGGCGCUUAAUUGUUGAGUUUAUUAAAUGCCAGAAAAUAGUGAAAAACAGCCAGAACUUAUGUUAAUAUCUUUAAAUGUCUCAUUUUCUCUCAACGUGUUUAAUUUAUAAUGAUUUAAAGUGGAGAAAAAACAAAAAAAGCCAGAGCCAAAACAAUAUUUGCUGCUUGAUUAAUGACUUAAAAUUGUUGUCAAUUAAUUUCCAAAUUAUUGUUUCAGCUUUAGAUUUUAGUGUAAAAUGUUGUAUUUAUGUAUUUAAAACCACUGAAUCUGCAGCACUGUGAAUGUUAACAUGAUCACAAUCAGUCCAUUUUGUUUUCUGCCUGAUUUUUGCUUUUGUACAAUUAUCAUUAAAGUCUGUUAAAACACAAA